GUAACUGUCAUCAGCGCUGUUUCAGAAGACUUCUACUGCAGUUACGAUGGAGUUGGUGCUGUGGGUAUGGCACAGAUUGCCCCGGCUUCAGCGUUGGCACAGACGGGCUUUUCUGAACCGAAACGCCCGCUUGUUGGUGAUGGAGGCAACUUUGUGGAUGAUCCUGUCCAUUUCCAUGUAUCCUGAUGUGAUGUCCUUCCUGGAUGUUCUUCACGCAGCUUUCACAGGAAACUAUGGUUCGACAUAUGAUUCUGUCCUUCUCAUCAGCUGUCCCAAUGAGCAGGCAGCGCAGGAUAUUGUCAAAUCGGUAAUGGAAAAAAACCUGGCAGCCAGAGUGAACAUUCUCCCCGGGACAACAACAAUUUACAACAGGAAAAGUAAAACCAAAGUUAGAAGAGGGAUCCUGAUUGUGGUGAAAACGAUGUCCACAAUCAGGACAGUUGAAGCUCAUAUAAGGUCCAUCAAUCCCUGUGCAAAACUGGAAGCCAAGUUUUUUGUAGGAUGGUAUUCGGCUUUACACGAAGCGGAUAACGACAUAUUUCCAUUAAAACUGAGAAAGGCUUGAAGUCAAACCAGUCACAUUGUGAACAGCAGUUAGAAAGUGUGCACGCUGUUGUUCAAAGUUCUCUGAAAAUGUUCUGCACAGUUUAUGUUUGUUGCUGAUAUUUAAUCUGUUUUGUUGUUCAAAGUUAAUUUGUUGUGGAGAUAUUGUUUAAUUAAUUGAAAAUUUGUUUCCAUAUGAUUGUAUUGUUUUAAGAGAAAUAAAGAUUGUUAUUGGAAGUCA